AUGGGUUGUGAAGGUUCAAGGGUCGGAUCAUCGCCAAAUGUCGGGGAAUUGCGAAAAAGCAUAUUAGAGGAAGCUCAUAAGAGCGGGUUCUCCAUUCAUCCUGGAAGCACCAAGAUGUACCAAGACCUAAAGACAAUAUUCUGGUGGCCAGGAAUAAAAAAUGAUGUGGCGAUGCAUGUUUCCAAAUGCCGAACUUGUCAAAAAGUCAAAAGGGAAAGAUUCCACAGUGGAAAUGGAAGAGCAUAUCUAUGGAUUUUGUAUUGGGUUUAUCAAGGACUCGGACAGGUUGUGAUGCUAUCUGGGUGUUGUAGAUCGACUGACCAAGUUAGCUCAUUUUCUGCCUAUUUGGAUAAGUUGUAUGAGGCAGGAGAAAAGAGCUUGAGAGGGCCUGAAAUGAUAAGUGAAACCACUGAGCAAAUAAAGAAAAUCCGUAGUCGAAUGCUUGAGGCUCAAAGCCGUCAGAAAAGCUAUGCUGACCAAAGGCAGAAGCCUUUAGAGUUUGAGGAAGGAGAACACAUUUUUUUGAAGGUUACUCUGACUACUAGAAUAGGAAGAUCCAUCAAAACUAAGAAGUUAAAUCCCCGUUAG